AUGGUCUAUUUCCCGGGCAUGCAAACCGAGGCGCACGGCGUCAAGCCGGGACAGCUGGUCGAGAUGUUUGACUCGUCGUGGAAGGUGCGGAACAUUUGGGACGGGGUGAGGCUGGAGGUGGUCGAGGACCGCAGCCCAGUUGUCCUGCACAGCUUCACGCACCUGGACCCGGACCUGCCGCUGCUGGAGAGCUCGACGCAGGAGAUCGGCGAGGAGGCCGAGGAGGACGCCAUCUUCACCAUCACGCUGAGGAAGGUGCAGCUCCACCAGUCGGCCAGUAAGGGCCAGCGAUGGCUGGGCGUGGAGACGGACUCGGCCCUGAGCCUCUACGAGACCUGCAAGGUGCGGACCAUCAAGGCCGGCACGCUGGAGAGGCUGGUGGAGUACAUGGUGUCGGCGUUCAGGGGCAAAGACUCCACCUACGUCACCAUCUUCCUCUGCACCUACCGCUCCUUCGCCACCACCAAGCAGGUGCUUGAUCUCCUGCUGAACAGGUAUGCCAAGCUCCAAAAUGUGCCUGCAGCAACAGCUCACAGAGUCUCCCAGGACGACUGCACGGAGCUGCGAAACACUGUUUCGUCCAUCCUGGGCGCGUGGCUGGACCAGUACUCCGAGGACUUCUGGAGCCCUCCGAACUACGACUGCCUGCACCAGCUCCUGUCCUACCUUCACCUCCACUUCCCCGGCUCGGACCUGGAGCGCCGCGCCCGCAACCUGCUGGCCCACUUCCACCGCCGACAGCAGUGUGAGCCUGAUCCUGAGGGGGAGCACAUCGGCUGCCCUUUUGCCACGCAGGAAGAGAGUGGCUUUGAGGACGAGCUUCCUGCUUUUAGUUUCCUGUCAUUUGACCCCAUCAUGGUCGCAGAGCAGUUCACGCUCAUGGACGCGGAUCUGUUUAAGAAGGUGGUGCCGUACCACUGCCUGGGGGGGAUUUGGUCUCAGCGGGAUAAGAAGGGGAAAGAGCACCUGGCUCCCACCAUCAGGGCCACUGUGGCCCAGUUCAACUCCGUCACCAACUGUGUCAUCACCACCUGCCUGAGCAACCCGACGCUGAAGCCCAACCAGAGAGCCAGGCUGCUGGAGAGGUGGAUAGACGUGGCUCGGGAGUGUCGGAUCCUGAAGAACUUCUCCUCGUUGCGUGCCAUCCUAUCCGCCCUUCAGUGCAACGCCAUCCACCGCCUGAAGAGGACCUGGGAGGAAGUGUCACGGGAGAGCUUCCGCACCUUCCGCGAACUCUCCGAGAUCUUCUCUGACGACAACAACUACUCCCUCAGCCGAGAGCUGCUGGUGAAGGAGGGCACUUCUAAGUUUGCAACUUUGGAAAUCAACCCCAAGCGAGCGCAGAGAAGACACCAACAGCAGAGAGACCUGGGAGUGAUGCAGGGGACCAUUCCUUACCUGGGGACCUUUUUGACAGACCUGGUGAUGAUGGACACUGCCAUGAAGGAUUACACUGAGGGUGGUCUCAUCAACUUUGAGAAGAGAAGAAAGGAGUUUGAGGUGAUUGCUCAGAUCAAACUGCUCCAGUUGGCCUCCAACAACUACAGUUUCACUCAGGACAGCCACUUCAGAGAGUGGUUCGCAGGCGUGGAGAAACUCAGCGAGGCAGAGAGCUACAACCUGUCCUGUGAGAUCGAGCCUCUGUCCGAGUCGGCCAGCAACACGCUCAGAGCCAAGAAGAACGGAGGAAUCAUGAAACGCUGGAGCGACCGGCAGCUGACGGAGGCCAGCUCCGGCGGCGCCGCAGGAUCUCAUUCCAAGUCCUUCGACCACUCACACUACAGACCGUACCAAGGGGGCGGGGGGGACAGCGGCGACGCUCUCAGCGUCACCUCCGUCAGCUCCAGCGGCUCAGACCUGGAGGACGUCAACGCCAGCUUCUUGUCCGACUCUCCUGAAGGACAUGAGAGAAAGACGUCAACUCCUUCGGUGAAACUUACCGUCUCUGCUUUGGGGAGAGAAGCUCCAGCAGCAGAUACAACGUCAACGUUCUGGGAGUGCACGUCUCUGUCGUCUCUGGACACUUCCGGGAUGGGCUCCAGCUCCGGCUCGGCCUCCGGCUCCAGCAGCGCCUCCUCCUCCUCCGUCUCCUCCUCCACCCCGCUGUCGGCCUCCCGCUCACACAAGCGCUCGGUGUCGGCGGUGUCGAACUACUCGACCCUGUCGCUGCCGCUGUACAACCAGCAGGUCGACGACUGCUGCAUCAUCAGGGUCAGCCUAGAUGUGGAGAACGGCAACAUGUACAAGAGCAUCCUGGUGACGAGUCAAGACAAGACUCCAGUCGUCAUCAGGAAGGCCAUGAUCAAACACAACCUGGAGCGAGAGAAGACGGAGGACUACGAGCUGAUGCAGAAAAUCUCUGAGGACAAAGAGCUGCGGAUCCCCGACAAUGCCAACGUCUUCUACGCCAUGAACUCCACUGCCAACUACGACUUUGUGCUGAAGAAGCGUGGCUUGGCUCGGCCGGUGCGGGCCAAGAACGUGGCCAGUUCGACGCUACCGCGCAUGAAACAGAAGGGACUGAAAAUCGCUAAAGGGAUCUUCUGAGGAGAUGUGCACCGCCUCCUGCCUCCCUUCACCCCCCUGACCCUCUCUGGUCUCCUCUCCUCAGAAGAAACAUUUCUGUUUUCGCCUGUCGGAGGGAAACUAACCUGAAGUAUCUGAGUUUUGGUUUGGACAAAGACUUGAGAUGCCAGAGGAGAAAUGACCAAGCAGCCUGUCUGUGAACUAGCAGGAAGCAGAGGAGCACCUUAGCACUUAGUAACAGCUGUCGUGUCACCAGGACCAUCCGAAGAUUUUCAGAGGCCGAGUUCGUCGCAGGAAACGCCCACGUAGAAGCUGUUUCUGUGAUGCUGCAAGUUCAUGAAAGCAAAGGAACACGUUAGUGGGGAAAGACAGCUGCGCUGGGGUCGGGCACUGCUGCUUGGUGGCGGAACUAGUCGAACUCUCCACCAGCGUAAUGUGACUGGUUGUGUCGGCUUGGGGAAAAGCAGAUCCAUUUCAUUUCCUGGUCCAUUACCUUUUGUUUACAUUUUAACAGCAACACCUGGUCCGCUCUCAGAAAUUAUUGUUCGAGCCUCUCGCUCACGAGAGGAUUUUUGCACCUUCGAGAAAACACUUUUUUAAUCCCUCAGCAGCCUUUAUCCCUGUAUUUUCCUCCGCAGGCUUCAUGCACGCCCCCUCCUGGCAUGGAGUGUACAUACAUGAACGACCCGAAGCCACGGUGUGCUCGCACAGAUGUGUGCACCAGCCGGGCGCUCAGAUGUGUUUCUAUUUUUUCAGGGAACUUUUGCCGUCAGCGUGCCGCCGCCUUCACCGUCUCGCCCCAGGGUUCCUGAUGUCGACGGCGUCUCUGGGACCGCAGCGCUGUGCGUUUGGCUCUCCGCUCUCGGACGCUGGCUCUCAUGUCGGCUUUUUAACACCAGCCACACUGACGUGGAGGAAUCUGAACUCUUUUAACUUCUGAACGCUGCCAUGUUACACAGAAAAAAAAAACGAAAGGUGAAGCGGUCUGAGAUGGAGUCAUGGUAGUGGGCAGAGCCAUGAAUCACAUGCCACUCUUUCCUUGUUUUGUUUUUUUUUCUUUUUUAAUGAAUCGUAACCACUACACCAUGACGGACGUGGCAGUCCUGUGAUGGCGCUUGACUGGGACAGUUUCUGAGAGGAGAACAAGUGAGCUGAAAACAAAAACAACAACAACAAAAAGUGUAAAUAUCAAUUAACGCCAACUGUGCAGUACAGCGCAUUCUUUUGAAACGGACCAUGAGAUUUUGUUAGUAGACUCGUCGCGAUAUCAACACUUUUUUUCAUUUUGCUUUGUACAUUUUUCUGCAUCUCUCUCUGCUCUGAUUAUGGUGCUGCUAAUUAUCUUUCUGAAGAGGUCGUACGAGCUGCACUUCACUGCUUUCACUACUUCCUGACCACCGGCCGCCACGUUGGAAGACGUCUGGAACAUCUGUGAUUCCCACUGAGUGAGAUGUUAGCCAUGUUUGCUGUUUUCAGAAAGUGACGUUUUUUUUUUUUUCAGCUUUCGAACAACAACCCAUUUAUGACAGGAAGAGAAAAAAAAAAUAGAUGAAAUGGGACAAAAAAGUUAGAGCUGAAAUAAUUAGUUGAUUAAUUGAAUAGUGGAUCAACAUUUUCAAGCAAAAAUUCAAACGUUUACUAGCUAAGAGUUCUUUCCUGUUCUUUCCUUCUUUCCUGUUGUAUAUGACAGGAGACGAUAAAAAUUGUUAAUGGAAAAUCAAAAUUAUUGGACACAAAGUAUCAUAUAAGGGGUUUUCUUUGUUUUUUUUGCUUGAAAAAUUUGGAUCCAAACCAUGAAUUGAUAAUUGUCAGAAUAUUUCAUUGUCUGAUCCACUAAUUUUUCAAUCAACGAAUUGUUUUAGCUCUAUCCGUGAGUAUUUGUUAUUAUUCCUCAUUUUUCUUCAAAUCUUUUCCCUUUAUGGCAGGAAUGGCCUUCCGUACACCAGCCUUAACAGGUUUUCUAAAAAUACAUCAAUCAUGUUUAAGAUGAUUCAAAUUUGACCAUAAUAAUAGCAAAGAAGUUAAAGUAUUCAUCAUCUGUUAAACAUGUAUUCUAUUGACGAAGCCUCUGUAGCAACAUUUUGAUCGUUCAAGCCACUAAAAGCUGCCAUGAAAUUCUUUCAGUGUUAGCAGCAGUGAAGGCUGGCCUACUGCAUCCAUUCAGUAGUAUGCAUUCAGAUUCAUUGUUUUAUAUUAGGAUAGUCCCCCAAACUACUGCACUAGAGAAACUCUAGGGUACAAUAGACAAUUAUUAGAAUAUCGGCUACAUAAAAUAAGCAACACGGCCAAGAUAUUCGGAUUCCCGGGUUUCUUUCUGGCUGUGGUCAGUGAGGACAAAAAGACAAUAUUCGAAGUUUUCUGUAAAGGCAAACUGAUAUUUUAGUUUAACCCGGGACCAGACCACUGCACGGGAAGAAGCGAUAGACUGUGGUCUAGUCUCUUCCAACACGGCGGCUCAUCCCUCGUGUUCACCGGUAACCACUUUUCCAAAUGUGCCACGACAGGCCUGUGUGUUUGAGACGCGCCAAACGAGUCCUGCGGAUGUAUCCUGCAGGAUGUUUUCUCGCCGCGUCAGCUGUGGUUUACGUGCCGGCGAUGACAGCACAGUGUUUCCUCUCUGGGCUCUGACUCAGAGUAGGUGUGGAAAAGACGGAUUUUUGAUGAUUUGAGCGUUUGGAGAACGAGUCAAAAAAUUGUCAGAAUACAGAAAAGCUCCCUAAACUGUGGAGCGGGAAGAGAUUUUGAGUGAGGCCGUGCGUAGGUGUCCAGAUGAACGACGACGAGGGAGCAAACUGUUGUCUCUGUGCUGUCCUCGAAUCUGUUGCGUUUAAAGGAAAAAUCCAACCUAACAACAUCCUAUCACUGUUUAAAUAGACGUUUUUGGAUGAUGUACUUUCCAUUUUCGGAGGAUCACAUUUCUUUCAUUCCUAUGGAUAUGAAGUGACAUCACAGCGAGAUAUUUCUAACAGCUGCAAAACUUCAACAUUCAUGUUAAAGGGCUUCUUUUUCUGGAUUGUGCACAGUUUCUCUUCUGCUUGCACACAACAGUCACUGCCAAAUGAUCCGUUUUUCGACCAUUGGCUAAGCCCCAACCCCUUUUAUUUGCUGUGUCCGUCGAGCUCAGGCACAUAUGUAGAUCAAAAGCUAACGUGGGCAGAUUCACCAUCAAAAUUCUUUGAUUCGAUUUCCGAAACAGUGGCUGAGUAGUCAAAUUACAGAGAGCUUCACACAGGGCACCAGAUGAAAAUCACAGUCGUUAGAUAUUAUGACAACAAGGUGAAACCGAUUCCAGAGUUAAAAGUAGAUAAAAACUGAAAUAAAAAGGAAUGUAAAGACUCAAAAAAGACCGUGACAGGAUAAAAGUAUGUUAGAAGAUGUCACUGACGCAGGUUGUUCCGGAGCCUCGGGGCCCUUUGGAUCUCAGCCGGGCCUCUGGAGCAGAUAAAGUGGAAAUAGAGAAACAGGAUUGUUCUUGUACUGGAAAGUAACCUAAGAGCUCUUAGUCUUGAUAUUACAGGUAUGAUAAGGAAAGAUUUAAUGUAUUGUAAUUUUGUCCGGACAUAUCCAUGUUUGGCUGCUUAGCCUACAUAUACUUACUCGUUUUUUCCCAGUUUAACGUUACAAGAGAAAACACUUUGAGGUCGCGUACGCUUCCAGUGUUUAAAACCCUUCUUUAGACUUCGGGAAAGGCUAACAAAGACUAGAGCAUCUCUGUCACUACAACUCCGUGCUAAUCGUGCUAAUCCAAAACUGCCGUGAUGGGGGAAGGGGUUGAGCAAACCGUCAAUUUGAUCAACAGCCAAAUCUUCACACCCUUUCUGCUGUUGCACAGCAUUCUGGGAAAUGUAGGACAUCACUCAUUCAGGGAAAGAGAGCUCACAAAAAAGACUUUAUGACUAAAUAUCGAAGGUUGGAUUUUUCCUGAUGAGUUGUUCAUAUCACAGCAACAAAACACUAAAUUCGCCUGGGUUGCGCUUCAACCACGUACUGCCUUUUUUGUUCUGUUGUUAUUUUCACGUGCAUGAAGUUCAUAAUUCUCUUAACGAUCAAAUGAAUGAAGCACCAAAAAAAAAAAAAAAAAAA